CAUAUUAGCUACAGGAGUGCUUUUGUAUUGAGUGUUUAUCUAAUAUUUUCCGCUGGCAAUUAAAUGCACACACAUUCAUAUAUGAGCUUACGCAAAAUUCAACAAAACAGAUUUAAGCAGUUUCUUACUAAAACAUACAAACUCCCAGUUUGCAGCCAGGUGAAGCAGAGCACUUAAAACAUAAUUUUACCAGAGAACAUGUUUUAAGUUCUCUGAUUUUACGUUCUCUGGGUGAAGCAGCUCCAACAUCGAACAUGUUCGUGCGUUGUUGUUGCAACUGCCAGUAUCUGCCAGCUACGCACAAUGCCUUCGAUAACAAAGCCGUAAAAACAACAAAUAAAAAACAAUUUCCACACGCCUGUGAAAUGAAUAUGUGUCGUAGCACACGAAUGUAUGUGUGUGUGCGUGCGGCGCAGUAUGCGUGCGAGUUACAUUUGUAUCUUGUCGUUUGCAACUAAAUAACUCCGGUUUACGCUGUUUGUUUUGUUGGUUUUCUGCUGUCGCGCUGCCUUCUCCGUGAACGCUGCGCUGUGCCUGUCGUUGCCCGUGUAUAUGUGUGUAUCUCAUAUGGUUUGCGUUUUUGGGAAAAAUGUUUCAUUGAGGUCCAGCCGGUUGCGCGCUCUCCGCUCGAUGCUCAUUCGUUGUUCUCUGGUCGCGCGGUGCGGUUGUGCGAUAUCUUUUCGUAGUUAGCGGUGCGCCAACAACCAGUCUACCUGCCGAACGCAAUUUUCGUCGCUUCAAAUUCAAUUCGGUGUGAUUUUUUGUUUUCAUCAAUAUACGAAAUAGCAAUUAUACAGUGUGUGUGUGUUGCGAAAAUAUUAAUUUAAACUGAUUUUUAGUUAAUCGUGGCGCUGAAAUUUUCUGAAAAAAAACUGCGUACGGACGUGUGUGUGUUUUUGCUGCGCUAAAUGUUAGUGUUUGCGGCAGUUUAACAAAAAUAAGCAACAAAUUGCAUAAAAAUUAUAAAUUACUUGAAAUUGUGAAGCACUGCAAUAUUGAAAAGUAAAAAUUAAAUAUUACUUUAAGCACUUGAAAAGUUAUUUUGUAACUCUUUGUAUUGAAAAUUCGUAUGCCAUAGUUUCAACUACUUUACGCCGCAUGUCCACGACAAACACAGUUAAAACUCGCUAAGUGUGCCUUUAAUAUAACAACAACUUGUCUAAGUAACCGUGCAAUACUGCCAACCAACAACCGUUCUACUCCUCAAAACCUCCCUCUUCUUGCUCAGCGUAUGCGCCCGGAGAAAUCAUCGCAUUCCACCCGCCGUUUAGUACAUGAAUCACAUGUGUCACACACAGACAUAAAUCUACUGGCGACGUCGUUAACCUUGUCGCUGUCAUAGUGAACCGGCAAACAGCAAAAAAAAAGUAGCAAAUUGCGAAAAAUAGGUAUUUUUUGUUUACGUUGCAGCACCCACCCGUCGAAAAGCCCCGCGGCGCGCGUCGUGUUGACAACGCCAACGUUACAGCCGGCAAUUUUAGAAAUUUUUACGUGUUUUCGGUAUUUAAGUAUACAUACAUAUGUAUGUGUUCGCGCGUAUUACAUAUUUGCUAAUAAUGAUGCAACACUCAUAUUGACAACAACAACUGCAACAAAGCGGCGUGUCAAUACAAAGCAAUAACAAUUAGCGUAUACGAGUCGAGGGUGUUGUCGCUAGGCGUGUGCGUGUGUUAAAAUCAUUUGCAAACAGAGACAAGCAGACACCGAAAAAGUGGAGAUAAAAACGUGAAACAAAAAUAGAAAUACAAAAAGUAAAAAUAGAAAAAUACAGUAGCAAAAAAAUUACUAGCAAGUUUGCCGAUAAAAAGUGUUGAAGUCAGAGCCAAGCGUUACAGCAACCAAACAAGCAUUUAUCCACACAUACAUAAAUACAUACACUUGAUUUGAAAAAAAAGUACGUGUAACAACAUGCAACGUCUCAGCAGAACUUUAAGUGCCACCGCCACACUUGGCUCGCGCCGCAAAACCAUGAUCUCCAAAGGCAACCAACGCGCCGUGUCUGCAGUCGCUAAACGGCGCUCGCCAGCCGCUUCCAAAAAAUAUUUAAAUUUAAAUUUUUGCACAUUUACCUUGUUUUCAUACCUAAUUUUGUUGCUCUUCUGUGUGGAUGUGCAUGCACAAGGUUUUAUGAAUCACACCGAUUCGUUAACCGGCAUAGAGAUACCGCAUACCUCCGCCGUGGCCACGGAACUCGCCAGUUCGUCGGUAAUAGAUCAGUUUAUGCCCAACUGCACCAAAGUUGCACCCGUCUUCACAGCGCGCGGCAUCGAUCAAGCGGAGCUACCACUGAAGCCCAAUAAUGGUAUGUUCCCCCAUAUGCGAAAAUAUAGCCUCUCUUUGUUAGAGGUAGUCGAAGGUCCACCACUUUAGGCCUGUGCUAGCACC